GUAUAUGUAUUUUUACCUUCUAUUUAAGCUUAUGAAAGAGCCUGCUCAACACCAGCUGAACUGUGAAAUAGAAAGGUGUACAGAAAAACUAGCCAAUAUAGAGGACAGAUUGAUUCAAUUAGAAGGUGAGAAGAACAUCAUAGGAAUGUACUGCAUGGAGCUUUUUUUCGAGGCCCAGAAUGACAACAAUAAACCCCGAGAAUUCCGAAGGCAACAGAGUUUUUUGUAUAAGACGCUCCACCCAGAUCCAGAUGUAGAAAUGAAUAAAGAGGAACUUGAGGGAGCUCUGCAGAUUGUCAAUCACAACUUGUUGUCACAGAAUGAAUUUAGCUAUCUGUACCAUAUACUGAAUUUGACAGGAAGGAGAAAGAUAAACUUUAAGUUGUUCUGUGUGAUAGCAGCCUUAUCAGAGAGGAUCACCCACAUGGACCCUGUUAUUCGAGAUCUUCUAAACAAAGAAAAAGGCUGGAAAAGACAGAGCAAUGAUUAUGAAUCUUUAGAUGUUAGAUUGAACAGGUCAAAGGAGCUGUUUCAGUUGCUGGAUGAGGGAGAUUCUGUUCCUUUUGGGAAUGCCCUGGCCUCGAGUCUGGCCGUGGAGCUCACUGCGGGGGGUCUGUCACCCGAACUGACCAGUUAUGUAAUGGGCAAGUUCAACAGAGAGGGCAAAGGUUAUGUGGAUUUUUUAGACUACGUCACUUAUGUUCCAUUGUUUAUUGAAAUUCAUGAGAAAAUUAUAAAUGAUCCACUGUGUUCCACUGUGAGGAUCCAAUAAAUCAAAAUAGGAUAAAAAAAAAUGACAAGAUAUCAAUGUAUUGAGAAAAGAAACACUUCAAAAUUAGUUUGACAAUCUUUUUUGACCCAGGACUUUUUUUUACCAAUGUAAUAAUCAUUGGUUAAAUGUGAUUAAAAACAACAACAACAAAGAACAAAUUAUAGCAUCUAGAUGAAACUUGUGUACACUGUAAUUUGUGUUAACAAGAUUUGUGCAAUACAAAAUUUUGUGCAAUCAUUACUUUUUGGAAAUACAUAUUACUUAUUAUACCCUUGUCCUUUAGAUCAGAAUUUUUUUUAAAUAUCAGGUUGUCGAGUUUCAAGAAAACAUUCAAUUUCUUUGUAUAUUUAUACCUCGUAUUAUAAAAUAUAGUAUAUUUAUAGGAAGUUAAUAGAAAUGCUUUCAACUCAUGGGAAGUACACUUAAAUCAAAAAAACAAA